UAAGGAUUCAACUGAGGGCAGGUAACAACAAAAUCGAAAACGUCAAAUAUGUCAACAGACAAGGUGCACACCGACAACAUUAGUUAAAAAAGAAUUUUCAGAUGUUACUGCAGAUUGUAAUUUUUGGCUGGUUAUUCUUCAUAGCAAGAGCAGAAUUUAAAUGCCACGAGAAAAUAGACAUGGUUAUUCUGCUUGAUAGCUCUGGAAGUGUGUCAGAAGAAGUAUUUGGAAAGACCAAGAAAUUCGCAAGAGAUCUUGUUAAACUCUUUGAUAUUUCAAAAGAAAAGACAAACGUGGCCAUCUUAACGUACAGCCAAUACGUUCGAGUAUUGAGGAGAUUCGACGAUGAAGUUUCAAUAGAAUCCGUCUUGAGAGCUAUAGAUAGAGCCAGAUAUGAAGCGUCGUUCUCUAGACUGGAUUCUGCACUUGAAAAUGUCCGGUAUAAAAUCUUCAAGAAGGAGCAGGGAGCAAGGUCCUCUUCAAAAGGUGUUAAGAAAGUUCUCGUGGAUGUGACAGACGGUUUUAGUUCACUGGGAGUCGAAUUCACAAAGAAGUUAGCCGGCUCUCUCAAGAGAACUGGCCUCGAGUUAUUCUCGGUAGGAACCUCUGAUCUCCAGUACAAAAGUGAAAUUGAAGUACUAGUUAGUAAGCCGAGCAAAUCUCAUGAACUCUUCAGAGACCUUAGGAAGAGUUAUUUUAAGAAAGAUGAAAUAGAGCAGUUUGCGAGAGACAUUUGUAAAAAGCAAUGAA